AUGUCCUCUAACCUGUUAGACUGGAAGUCCUCUACAUACAACAGAUCUCCUACAGUUGGUGGCUUUGAAGAGUGCAAGGUUCUAUUUCCUUGCCCUGAAUAUCUUCAAUCAAUUGCUGGAUAUGACCAUCACUGGAACUCAGCACUCUUAUCUUUGGUUACUCACGGAUUUCACAAUGAUGACGGGCAUCUAGAGCAGAACAAAGGCUUUCAUCCACUUACUAGCGAACACUAUCUCACUGGGUUUUCUAAAUCUCAGAUGGAUACAGAGGAGCAGAGGCUAAAUAAUUGGUGGGCUCGAGCAAUUCAUGCAGAACCUUUCCUUCCACUAAACUGUGGUUCAACAAUUGUCCUGCAUCAUCCUGGUGCUACACCUCCAUCCUUGGACAUCUCUCCUGAGAACCUCAAGGCUGAAGUCUAUAUCAAUCCCAAAGUGCUCUUGGAGCAUUGUGAGCUUCACUUGGUUGUCGCUCAAAUCUCUCAACUCUUCAUCGCUGACUAUGCGACACCUUUGGCCCAAGCCUUCGCACAAAAUCGUAUUCGCAACAAUUGGAAAGGCAGUGGCCCAGUCUCUCAAACGCCUUCAAAAGGCAAGACAACAUUGAAAGGCAAACAAGUUGAAAUCGUGCCUCUUAUUCCCUCACCUGUUUCACCAUCAUCAGCGCAUUUCACUUUUUAUGGACGUCCUCGAGGCUCUUUAGAAGGUCUCACGACUUCGAACUCCAAUAUCUUAUCAUAUAUGCCAUCCUACGACAGCAGAAUUAUGUGGAAGCCAACUCAGAUCCGAUUAUUGCAUACUCGGGAGAGCAAGGGUUAUCAUGUCCGCAAAGAGGGACCGAGUAGGAGGGCUGUCGUAUCAGCACAGGAUCACAGUGCAUGUCAGCCAAUGACCCCUGCUGUUUUUAACCAGUCCUCAAGCAGUAGCCAGGCUGAGAGAUGUUACCCUCCAUCAAACAGUGACAAUAAAUGUUACCCUCCUUCAACAAGUGACCAGGCCUGGAGACAUUACCCUCCUACAACUCCUACGAGGAGCAAAAGCACAUCCUUCGAAUUACCCACACCCACGUCGAUCACUGCUAGGUCCCCAUCUGAUUCGCGGCAUUAUAGUGUGCUGGCGCUUGUUCCUUUUGGGAAUGAAACGGAGGUAGUCCUAGAAGAGCUAGGCUACCCAGAUCAUUUUCAUUGGGUCUGCAUAUCAAUCGGCAAAGAUUAUCUUCUGAAGCGGUGGUUUUUGAAAUUGCAGGAGGUCGCUGAGAUCUUGGAGGAGCACGUGGAGGCUAUUGCAAAUGCUAUGUUGACUGAUUCUCAGCCUGUCACCUCAUUCCCUGUCAGAAUUACUGUAAUGGUGCUCCCAGGAACUGCUCGCUUGCACAAUCCUCGCUGGUUAGCUCCUCGAACACGCACCCCAUAUGUCAAAGUAUUGAAAGAAGCAAAGGCCACAGAUUUGGCGUCUAAGUUCAAACAACCUCGACGCCGCUACCUUAAAAAAUUAUCGCUUGGUUCUGUUGUCCACCACCGCAAACGCAACAAGACAAGUGCCUGGCAUGCCUAUAUGCACUUCAAAGGCAUCCAGGACAAUGCCAACAAAAGCUUCAGUGAGAAGUCAAACAUUGCCAAUCUUGCGAAGGACGAAACCGAGUACCACCAACUUACCACUGAGGAGAAGGCACAGCUUAUAAUUGACUUUGACAAAGUCAAGAAGAGUUCUCGGGAUCGUCCUCCAAACAUCACCACUAGAUCACGGGCUGCUGAAUGUUCCCGGAGCUUCCAGUUGGUGAGAGAAGAGCUUGAAGCUCUCAAGGAAUGUGUUGGCGUUGAAGCCUUCAUCGUUAUGGUUCAUGGUGUUUCUGACUUCACCAUGGUGCCAAAGGCAUUCUUCACAAGCCCCGCAGCUGAACACUUUGUUUGUUUAUAUCUACGUAAGGACAUCGCGCAACUGGCAACCAACUUUGAGAGCACAAUACUGGCCAAUGGCCUCGUUAUGAGCAAAGUAACAAAUAAUCCCUCAGCGGUAAUGGAGUUCAAAUGCUAUAAUGAUCUUGUCCAACGCUACCACGUCAAGCUUGUAGGGUGGAACCACCCUAAAUGGGCCAAUCCAUCUGACCUGAAAAGCGGUAUUGAGAGCCUCGAGAAUGUGGUCCUUGUGAUUCAGGCCAAUACAUGUAAGUUCGUAAAAAUCACACCACAAGAAGCCAAAGAGCGACAGUGUCAUAUCAAUGAUGGUGAGAUACUCACUCCUGACCUCAAGCCCCCAAUGCCAUCUGACUUGCCUGCUCCCGAUUCAACACAGUCAUCAAUGACCAAUGUUUGGACAUCACUGCCACCACCAUCAUCCGACAUUCCUACUCCCCAUUCGACUCAGUCACCAACGGCCAACACUCGGACAUCAAUGCCGCCACCAUCCAGUGUGUUCGAGUCUGAACAAUCUGCAGAUUAUGAUAUCACACCUGCUCCCAUGACACCCACUGCGGCUUCGUCAGAGCCUUACAUGCACCCCUCAUCGAUUACAAAUGAAAUGGUGGAUCCCAUUCUUCAUGCACUUGAUCAUGCCGCUUCUAACAAUGGACCUCCCAUAGUGCAGUUGCCUCCCACUCCUCCCAUGCCUACUCCUCUUCCAAUGCCCAAUGAAGCACCAGUUCUUGUCACAGCAACCAACAGUAAGCAAACUGCAGAUGGUCCACCUGCUGGCACCUUACGUUCGAAAUGCGCUUGGAAACUGACUGAGAAAGGCCAAUCUGAAUUAGAGUCAAGGAACCACACAUGGUGCAGGGCAACAAAGAAGGGGACUCGGCGCUCGAAAAAGAGUAGCGCACAUGUUGAAUCUGAUAAUGAAAACAUCUAG